AUGGGUCUGUUAUUAACGCUAAUAACUACUCUGGCCAUGUUCCAGCCAUGCCUGCUCUUCCUGCAGGCCAACGCCUCCAACUCCACUGGAAGUGUGCAUCUAUGGUCCCAGCAAGAAGCACUCCUCCCGUGGAAGUCCACCCUACGGAGCUCACUGUCGCUGCUGGACUCAUGGCGGCCAAGGACCAGCCCGUGCAGCAGAAACUGGACAGGCGUUGUUUGCGACGCCGUGCACCACGGUCACCGUGGCAUGCCCUGGGCAGUGGUCCGCAUCGACCUGCCGAAAGCUGGCAUCGACGGCAGCCUCGGUGAGCUCAACUUCUCCGCACUCCCAUUCCUCCAGUACAUCGACCUCAGCUACAACAGCCUUCUUGGUGAGAUCCCACGGUCCAUCGCCUCCUUAGCUGAACUCUCCCACCUUGAUCUCACCGGCAACCGGCUCCAUGGACAGAUACCAUGGGAGGUGGGCAACAUGGAAAGCCUUAGCUUGUUGGAGCUUUCUCUGAACAACCUCACAGGAACCAUCCCUGCAUCCCUUGGCAACCUAACUAGGCUGGUUCAACUAACCAUCCUCCAAACCUUGCUCACAGGGUCCAUUCCUGAGGAGCUUGGCAAGCUCACCGGCCUAAAGUAUUUACAGCUAAGUAGCGCCUUCUUGAGUGGACGAAUACCAGAAAGUCUUGGCAACUUGACCAAACUAAGCCUCCUGCGCCUUUAUUAUAACCAGCUAUCAGGGCCAAUUCCCUCCACACAAGGUCAUAUACCAUCAGAAUUUGAUCAGAUGAGAAGUUUGCAGUACCUUGAUUUAUAUAGGAAUAGGCUUACUGGGUGGAUACCACAAGAGCUUGGCAGUUGCAUGGAGCUUCUAUUCUUGCGGAUCAACGACAAUGAUUUGACUGGAUAUUUGCCAACAACCCUUGGUAGUCUAUGGAAGCUGCAGAUUGCAUUGGAUGUCAGCAACAACAAACUCACAGGCAGGAUACCCACACAGCUUGGGAACUUGGUGAUGUUGGAGCUCUUAAACCUUUCCCAUAACAAAUUCAAUGGGACCAUACCUUCAUCUUUCUCCAGCAUGGUUAGCUUGUCAAUCCUUGAUGUGUCAUACAACAACUUGGAAGUUGGAGUUAUUAUGACUAUCUGUAGAAGCAAUAAACCACAAAAGGAAACAACCACUGAUACAAGAGAUGUGUUUUCAGUGUGGAAUUUUGAUGGGAAACUAGCAUUUGAUGAUAUCAUUAGAGCAACUGAAAAUUUCAGUGAGAGGUCUGAUUCAUCAAAUUGGAGCGAACUAGCAGGAACAUAUGGUUAUAUAGCCCCAGAGCUUUCACACACACCAGUGGUGACAACAAAAUGCGAUGUCUAUAGCUUUGGUGUGCUUCUGCUGGAGAUAGUGAUGGGGAGAUACCCUAGUGAGCUGCAGUCCCAUACUUCCCUACAAGGACAGCAUCACAAGCUUGCAAUGGAGACUUUCGACAAGCAUCCAUCAUCAACAACAUUGGUGGAGAGGGAAGAAGUUUCUUUGCUUGUCCAAGUAGCACUUGCAUGCCUGCAACCUUCCCCUAAGUCUAGACCAGAAAUGCAGGAGGUUUAUCAGAAACUGACUCACGACCACCCUUAUUGUUCUUUUGCCACAUCUUGCGACCUUACAAUAGAAAAACUAAAGGAUGGAGAAGUGUAA